AUGAUCGAGAAGUAUAAGUUCGCCUUCUCGAUCAUUUUAUAUAAUGCAACCAAAUUGACACAAGCAACCGAAAGGAUGGUUAAAGCAGUUCAGUGUCAGGGCAAGGAAGUUCUUUUAAGGACAGCUGAAGAUGACAAGAACAACUUUUCGUUCUUAAAUGUGAUGGAUCGAGUUGAUCAAUUUCCAGAUGAAUAUGAAGAAGAUAAGCAAUUCAAGGAAGAAGUUCUCUAUUUGACCUCUCAUGAUAACAUUCGAAUUGGAUUCACACUUUUGUUUGCUGUUAAGGAAAUGCUCAGGUGCUGUGGCCAAGAAUUGUUUGAUGGUACGUUCACCAUCAAACAGAAUGAGGGUUCAUUGGCUGAGUUGAAAUUCAAUGAUGAUAAAGUAGAUAUCAGAAAUGCUAAGAUCGACCGGAUUGCCAGGAUAUUGUAUGAGAAGUCUGAAUUAAAAGAGAUUAAAGGCUGGAGGGAUGAAAAAUAUGCGGUCUAUGUGCAUGGAAGCCCUUAUGUGCUUGUGGAAAGGGCCAUGGCUGGAGUUCUUGGUAUCGUUACAUAUGGUAUUCAUGUCAAUGGCUACUUAAUAGAUACGAAGACCAAUGGGAUUAAAUUUUGGAUCCCAAGAAGGUCUGCGACGAAGCCCACUUGGCCUCUUAUGUUGGAUAAUAUCAUAGCUGGUGGUAUAGGGUAUCCUCAUGGUAUCAAUGAUACUGUUAUCAAGGAGAGUAUGGAAGAAGCCAACCUGAGCAAAACAGACAUUGAAAGGAGGAUAAGGGCUGCCGGAGUUUUAUCGUACUUUUAUUUUCCUCAAAGAUUUGAUCAAGUCAACUUCGAUAGUGAGUCAGCCUAUAUAGUAGGUGAGGUGGAAUACAUUUUUGAUUUAGCCCUUUCUGAAGACGUUGUCCCCAAACCCAACGACGGUGAAGUGGACAGUUUCAACUUACUGACAUUGCAAGAGACAAUUGAUGCCAUCGCGAGAAAAGAAUUCAAGCCUAAUUGCGCGCUAGUGAUGACCGAUUUUCUAAUAAGACAUGGUUACAUCACUUCAGAGAAUGAACCCAACUUCUUGGAACUUGUUAAUAGAAUGCACAGGAAACUGCCGUUUCCUCAACCUAACUUUUAUGGUCACAAAUCAUAG